GUCUGUGAGCUUACGAACGCUGGCGGAGCCGGGUGUCUACUCUGACAGAGUGCGCUGCACUGAUACACCUUUCUCUUUGAACUCCGAGAGGACGUUGAAUCUGCUGCGGCAUAGGAAGUUAAACACAGAUAUUUUUUUCUGUUUUAUUUUGUUCGUUUGCAUAGACGGACUCGAUCAGAAAGUGGAUGAAAAAGUUUGGGUAAAAGCUGCCCGAGCGCAUUCCAGCGGAUUUUGGAUUACUGUACCAAGAGUUCAAGACCUUACGUCACAAUGCUGCCUUAUCUCCUCUUGUUCCUCUCAUCUGGUUUGGUUUUGUCCUCCGACUGCCCAGCAGACUGUGCCUGCCAAGGCCAGGACUCGAUAUUCUGCAUUCAUCGCCGCUCCAGCACUGUACCCCGUGUUCCUACCACCACCCAAAAUCUAUACAUCUUCCAGAACGGCAUCAAUACUUUGUCCCAAGAGGACUUCAAGGACCUUGGGGAGUUGGAGUUACUAGAUCUCAGUCAGAAUGAGCUGGCAGAGAUUCCAGAUGAUGUGUUUGAGAUGCUAGCAAAGCUGAAGAACUUGGACCUGUCAUCUAACCAAAUAACCCACAUCUCCAAAGGCACUUUUUCUGGGUUGGUCCAACUGGAGCGACUGUAUCUUCAUGCAAACCGCAUUCAGAGCAUCCACUUGGAAGCCUUUGAGGGCUUAGAGAUGCUACUGGAACUUAAGCUCCAAGGAAACCAGCUCACUUCUCUUCCGUCCCUCAAUUUCCCCCAGCUUUUGCUUCUAGACCUCAGCCACAACAACAUCCCAACCCUGGGACCCUUUGAUCUCCAGACUCCCCACUUGGAGGCCCUUAAGAUUUCCUCUCUUGGGCUUACUUCUGUGGAUGAUGAUCUCAUAGCUGCCCUAGGGAACCUCCAUGAGCUUGACAUAUCCACAAACCAGUUAACUGAGGUGCCCCAGGCGUUAAAGCAGGACUCCCUAAAAGGGCUGAUCAAGCUCAGUCUUGCUGCAAACCCAUUGGGCCAGCUCAGGGUCGAGGACUUUCAGAAACUGACUGGACUUCAAGAUCUUGAUCUCAGUGGACUAAAUCUCCAGGGAUUUCCUCAGAGUUUCUUCCAGACCUUCCCAAGGUUAAUUCACCUUACGGCUGCAGAGAACCCAUUUAACUGCUUGUGUCCAUUAGCCUGGUUCCCAGUGUGGCUAAGAGAUAAGAAUGUGAAUCUGGGGAGGCUUGAAGAAACCAGGUGCCACUUCCCUCUAGUUAAUGCUGGAAAGAAGCUUUCAGACCUAGAGCACAAAGAUUUUGGAUGUCCACCUUCCACAACAGUUCUGAUUGGCUCUCCCAUUGGAAGUACUCCUGUUCCCCAGAUGCCCACCACCUCUUCAGAAACCACCCACACCAAUGCUAUUCCUCCUCCUCCUCCACCCAGUGAGGAAAAUGUCUCCUCAAAAACAGACAGCUACCCCCUUCCACCUCACCCUCCUGUGUCCCCUACUUCCAACAGUGGUGAAUAUGAGCCUCACAUCUGCCCACCAAACAUCUGCCUCAAUGGAGGCACUUGUAAUUUUGACCCAUUAGGUCAACUCGGCUGUCUAUGUCCCUCAGGAACCUCUGGCCUCUACUGUGAAAAUGUGGAUGAGGUUCCUGAGCCACCAAAACGUUCAGCAACAGAAGGUCCAAUGGUUGACCCUGUGGUUCCCACUGAACUUGAUGCUAUCAGCUCACGGCAGGUGACCUCCACAUCUAUCCUUCUUGACCUGCACCGUUUCAUUGAAACAAGGCCACACAUCCGUGGCAUUAGGUUAACCUAUAGAAACCUCUCUGGACCUGACCGCCGCCCCAUUAUCCUGAGUGUGCCGGCAACCUACCCUGAGUACACCUUGCGUGGUUUGAGACCCAACUGUACCUACUCAGUCUGCGCUAGUCCCCUGGGUGAGAGAAUCAACUCUAGGUCCAACAGCUCUUUAGAAACCGGGUGGUGUACGGAGGCUCGCACAGAAGGCGUUCCACUGACAUCAGUAGAACCAAGGGUGGAGACGCAGAGCCAGCUGACAUACACUCUUGUCCCUGCCCUCGCUGCCCUGGCCCUUGUGCUUGGGUUGGCUGUGUUGGCUGGGACAAUCAUCUGUUUGCGGAAGAAGAGCAAGGCCAAGUCAGGAAUAGAGCUGGAGCUGGGCCCAGCUGAUUCGGACCCUAUGGAACUAGAAGGGAUAAAGGCUGGCUUGGAGAAUGGGGGAAAUGGUACAUUGCCCCACAAACAGCCUGAGAUUGACUGCUGUCACAAUCCUCAGGCGCCUCCAUCUUUACUACAAAACGGGGCUUUGGAACACGAAGUACCCCUAAUGCAAGGACACUGCCCAUCAAAUAACAAUCUAGCAUCCCUAAAGCCAUCAUAUUUCUAGGAUGCCUUUAAUCUCUCUUGGGAAAUAUCUUGUAAACACAGGGCUUGUCCACCUGGCCUUGUGAUGUCCUGAUAUGGCUCACAAAGUGUUUAAAAAUCAAAUAUUCAUUCCAAUUUCAGAUAUCCAAAAGUGGCACUUACUAUCCCUUGUUGUCCAAAUGAUAACUCUACGGACUGGAUCAUGAUUUUAAAGGUACUGAAUGAUGAAUUUAAGAUUACAGCAUAUUGAAAAUGUGCUAAACCACUUUGGGACAAGGUUCGGGAUGUGAUUUGAAGUCAUCUAGCAGAGUCUGAUUAUGGCAAACCCGAAACAAGUGAUUAAACUAAGUGCAAUGGACUAGAAGGGGCUAGUAGCAGACUGAAAACUGAAGUGCCUUUUUGCAUGGAUACAACUGUAACUGAUGGCUCAUUUUUUAUUUAAACUAUUUGUAGAAUAAAAAAAUGUGUAAAUGAGCUGUAAUCCUUUUGCUGGAUUUUUUAGAUACAGAAUGAAGAAAAGUGCCAAGUGUUUUGGAUACAGAACCAGAGGAAGUGACAGUGGUGUAAAUGAAUACAUUGAUGUGAUGCCUGGACCAUUGGACAAAAAGGGGUUUUCGACCAACUCCAACUACUCUAUGGGAAUUAAAGAAGAACUUGCACUGAAAAUUAUUAUUUCUUUUCCCUUCCCACUGUUCGUCUAAUUAUGUGCCACGAGAUGAAUGGUCGCAUAGAAAAUGCAAUAACACAAAAUCAAAUUGAAUAAACACUUCCAAAUCUAGCAAUAGGUUGAUGACCGGUGAAGCUGGCUUAACUUCAUAUUUUGCUGUUGACAAUAGCUAAUCUGAAACAAAACUUCAAGUUUCUUCACAUGUGGAUUUGGAUUCUUCAGUGUCAACAAGCCACCGUUUUUCUGUCCACACAUCCACAAGUGUUUGGCUCUUUGGAAGUUAAAUUUGCUGUGAAAAGAAAGUGGACCGAAUCAAGAGCCAUUGAGAAUGGACUUUGCCUGCAUAGUUCUGUGCCGUGAUGGGAUAAUUGUUUUGUCUUUUUUGUACAUUUAUUAUUUUGCUGUCGAUUUCUAUUCAGUAUUGAUAUUGUGUGUUGAAACUAUUCAUCCAUCUCCCUUGACAAAGUCUGCUUUAGUCAUCAUUGGUUCUUACAUUUUCUUUUUUUUAGGAAAGAGGAAACAUAUAGCUUAAACUAUUCAGAGCUAUUUGCCUUCAGGGCAGAAGAAAAUAACUAGGUUCUUCAGACAAGAACUAAAAAUAAUCAAUUAUGUUCUAAAUUAGGAAGAUAAAUGAUAACUGUCAUUUUUAUAUCAUUUACAGAAUAAUAUUGUUUAAUGUUUGUCAAAAUGUGUCUUAGGAACUCACCAAGUGAAUGUAAAAGUCAAGUGACAAAGCAAUUUAUUCUCUGUGCCAGGUCUGCGAGCGCUACAAAAAGAAAGCCACAGCCUGUUUUUUGACCUCAUAAGCUCCCAAAUCUGUUUAAAGGCCUUUUGCCACAGAAUCCACCCCUAUAAAGCAGCACACGCGUGCCGAGAAAGGAAAGCAUCUUCAAAGAGUUUCAAGGCAACUUGCUGUGAGUGCCUGUGAGUUUUAGGCACUCGUUACCCAGUUGCUGCUGCUAAUUGUGUUUAGUCUGAAAUAUGGUCUAGACAGUGUCCCCCAGUAACUUUUUAUGCUUCUUCUUAGAGUGCCUCCACUCUAACCAUUCAGUGUGUUUUGGUCAACAAGGAUUAUUGGCUGGUGUGUUUGGAGACUGUUUAUCCUUGUUUAUGGCCAUCCAGACUGAAUUGUUCAGGCUAAAUGCACUGUUCUGUGUAUUUGUUGUCUUUUUUCUCUCUAGAUGGGAAUGCCACAAGUUUUUGGUGUUACUAAAACAAUAAUUUUCUUUCAUUCUUUCUCAUUUUGUAGAGUAUAAAAGGUUUACAGAGAUGUACCUUAGCAACAUUGGUGCAGAGCCUUCCUGACAUAUAGAGUCAUAUUACAUGCUGAAGUGUAUUUCAAGAACAAAAGGGCCUUUAUGUUGCCUCACAAGACACUGCAUUGUGCUAUUAAAAACCAAGAAUGAAGACAUAUGAAGUGUAAAGUAAUCAAUUUUGUCUGAUCAAAAAAAGUCCUGUCCCAGUUGUUAGUCACCCAACAGCCAUAGGCUUGGAUGAAAGGGUGUUAUCAGUAGGUAUGGUUGUGUUUGUGUGUGUGUCUGUGUGUGUAUGUUUUAUGUAUAUAUUUUUUAUAUUUUGGACUCAACACCUACAGUACAUUGUCUGCUACAUAAUUGAGUCCAUGCACUGCACUCCAGCCCUGUCCAAAAUCAACUUACCAUUCUUUGACUUCACUUCAAACUUCAUUUUGUCAAUUUUCCAGUAUAAACACAGACACAGAUGCUCAUAUAUCUGCUCUUGCUCAGUAAAUCAACUGGAAGACUCUCUGAAUUGCUUUGGACAGUGAGAGGAGCAGGAAAUGUUUGAAAUAUUUUCAUCAUGCUUGUUACAGAGACUUCCCUGUUUUCUGAGGGAAACUUGUCUUUUUUUUUCUUUUUUUUAAUGUUUUUAAUUGUUUUGUUGUGUAAGUUUGCAGAAAAGCAAAUGCAAUGCUGAAAAUGAACAGUAUUAAAAGAUUACAUUUUAAA